UCGCGCCUCGCGGUCGUUCACGUUGAUUGAAUUCGAAAAUCGAACGACGCUUGUUUGUUUUUUAAUCGGACGUUGUUUGUUUUUUUUUCUUUUAAAUUUUGCAUCUGUGCAAAACGUUAACAGUGUUUUCAGCCAGUGUGAUUGGGAUUGUUUGAACUCUGUUUAUAUUAUUGUGCAGAUUUAUUGUGGGCAAUAACAUUUGUUUAUUUUUAAAACAUUGUGCAUAUUAGUGCGUAAUAUGGGACAAUAUUUAUGGAAUAUAUUUGAAUUUGAAUUUGGAAUUUCUAAUGCUUAGCAAAUGGGCUAAACCGCUGGACCGAUUUUAAUGAAUUUUGAUACCUGGAAUCUCAACGAGGAGUAUCAUAUACGUAUGAAAACAUAUGGAUUCAGAGGAAGUUUACAAUACGACGAAAUGGGUAAACGUAAUGAUAUCGAUAGAAACAAAAGCAAAGCAAAAGUUGUUAAAAGACUUUUUGAAAAAGCAGUUGAGGUAGCAGAUGAUGAUGGAAAUAUGGAAUAUAAUGAUGUAAAAGCGAAGGUGACAAGUAGAAAUUCAAAUAGUUUGUUUUUGCUGUUGAGGACUGCACGUGUUGGAGUUUUCAAGUGGUUUUUGGUGUCAAUGACGUUGUGUUGUGUUUGUGCGAUGAAGGAGCAGAAGUUUGCUAUAGAACCACAAGAUCAGAGUGCAGUGGUAGGGUCGCGGGUGACGCUGCCCUGUCGAGUGGUCAGCAAGGUUGGUCAGCUGCAGUGGACAAAAGACGACUUUGGGCUAGGCACCCACCGGCAUCUGACAGGCUAUGACAGAUACAAGAUGAUAGGCAGCGAUGACGAAGGCGACUACUCACUGGAUAUUCGAGAAGUCACAUUGGAAGAUGAUGCUUUAUACCAGUGUCAAGUCAGCUCGGGGCCCAGAGGUGAACCAGCAAUCCGGUCUAGAUACGCUCGCCUACUCGUGCUGAUGCCGCCGGAACCUCCACAGAUUCUCCAAGGAUCGAUUCUGAACACAGUGGAGGAGAUGGAAGUCGAUAUCGAGUGUGUGUCUGUUGGCGGGAAACCUGCGGCUGAGAUAACUUGGGUAGAUCACGACGGCGGUGUACUGACCCAAGGAGUUACGUACACUGUCGAGCCAAUGUCUGACGGAAAGAGAUUCACUGCUAGAUCUGUUCUUCAUCUACGACUUCAACGUCAUCACCACAAUCAAACGCUGACGUGUCAAGCUCAAAACACCGCUGACAGGACAUAUAGAUCUGCUACAAUCAAAAUUCAGGUACAGUAUGCACCUAAAGUUCGAGUCUUCGUCAAAUCUGGAGUGAGAAAAGGAAUCGUUAAGGAAGGCGACACAGUCGUUUUAGGUUGCCAGGCGAGUGCCAACCCUAGUAACAUCACGUAUAAAUGGUUCGUCAACAAUGAAAAGAUAAUCGGAGAAGAUACCGACGUACUGACAAUCACGAACGCGUCCCGCCGGUACAACGAAGCGACGGUGAAGUGCGAAGUGAGCAACGUUGUCGGCAGCAGCGCUAAUACCAAGAAUUUAGAGGUUACAUAUGGGCCAGUGUUUAAGAAAAAACCACAGGAUGUCGAAGGGGAAGCCGGUAUGACAGCUACGUUAACAUGCGUGGUCGAUGGUCACCCAACUCCCAAAGUCCUGUGGCUUAGAUAUGAAAACGAAAGAGUUAUUAGAGUGGGAAAAUCUUCCAAUCUGACGUUGACGAUCACAGAUAAAACAACAGGGCAGUACUGGUGCAGAGCUAGCGUGGACAACUACCAGGAUGUUGAAGCCGCCGCCAUGGUUUACAUGCGAAGUCCACCCAAAAUAAUAUCGAAUGGGACACAAUACGGCGUCGAGGGAGACAGCGUGAGAGUCGAAUGUAUUUCGUUCUCUAUUCCUAAACCAGAUUAUAUCAUUUGGACAUUUGCUGGUGGAGAAAUCAACACAUUCCAUAAUCAAGACUAUGCAUUUUUGGAAGAAACUUUGGCUGAUAGAUUGACGAAGUCUAUAUUGAUUAUCAGAAAAAGUGAAGCGAGACAUUUCGGAAAUUACAAUUGUACGGUUGCCAACUCAUACGGGAUGGACAGCAUCGAAAUCAGUUUAGUGGCCAACAAAUCCCUACCGCUGGUCUUAAUAAUAUCAGCCAGUGCUUCGAUUCUUAUAUUGAUGCUAGUCAUCAUGUUGAUCGUGAUGUUGUGUCAUCGGAAGUCUACCAAAGAUGACGUGAAGAAACCGGAUAUAACUGAUAUUGGGAAGACGAACGUAGACCCCUUCAAAGAUAGCGAUAGAAGCUCCAAUAUCAGCGAUUUGAAAUUGGAAUUGAGACAGGUCGAAGGCGGCUGUGAUAUGGAUAAUUCAAACGCGGGAUCAGAAACUGAUCUCCACCCAACCCUCCACUUGACUACCAACCUUGGUCUGCCAUUAGCUGGGCCGGUACCAUUGCCGGAGUCAGGAUGUGACAAUGAACUGAUGAAGCAGUACCAGCGAUAUAGCGGCGACUUCAACCAGCCGAUCAAUAAUAUACAUUUUAAGACCCACUCGCAGAGUAACGGUUACGUGCCCUAUGUAGACUACACAAGGGACUACGCCCCACCUCAGGACUCCCUUACUGGUUCACUGUCAAGGAGUGUCGACGGUUCUGUCUACCCUGGCUGUUUGAGUCGUCAGACGAGCUGUGGACGACUGGCGGGCGUUAUAGGACCAGAUGUUAUACCACUGGCCAACACUUCAGGCGUGAUUCCUUGCUCAAUGGACGUGAGAUACGCUGCCACGUAUGGUAACCCCUACUUGCGAGGCAGCGGGCCAAUCCCGUUCGUGCAACAAGUGAGUGUCAAUCCGUCAGCGAAGCCGCCGCCUUACUAUUCCAGAAACCCUGUCUCCGCAGCCACAUCUGUACCGUCUCCGUCCUCUACAUCAUCAAAGCCAGUCGCCACGCCAUUGUCGGCGCCAUCUUCUGCCAGCGGUGCUCAGCCUCAAGUGCCUAAACUGUCACCCCAAUCAUCAUCACUAUACAUCCUGCCUCCAGGCAGCAGGAGCAGCACGAGUUUGCAGUCCACUCAGAUCACUGCUAGGGGUAACGCAAAUCAAAUAAAAAACGGCACUCACGUCUAAUAUUAAAUAAGUAGGUAGCUAGAAAUAUCAAAUUUGUGAGUAUUGUUGGAGAGAUACGGAAAUGUUAUUGUCUUUAUGUUUUGUGUGCAUGGAGUAUAUUCUAUAUACUAUAAAACUAAAUGGAGCAAUCUCAUAUUAUGUAACACAUAAAAUUUAAACUAUAUACAAUCAAAUAUAGGAAAACAUAAAGAUGAGAGAUAUUUUCAAGACAUAUAUUUCAAUGAAUUCGGCUUAUGUGAGUAUGGAAUUGUUUAAUGAAAAAAAAAAUGCUUAGUUCUUUUUCUUAAUCGUUAAUGCCUAGUUCUUUUUAUUUUAAUUAAAAUUAUCUGAGUUUGUAAAAUCAUAAAAUAUUUUUGUUUUUUUUUUUCAAGUUUAAGGUCAGAUAUCUUUUCUAUUUUGAUAUAAUAUGACGUAGAUUUAUUUUACUUCUGAUAUAUUUUGUUUGAUUAAAAUAGUGAUUUUUAUAUAGCCUUCCUUAGUAGUAACAAAAAUAUAAUUUUUAAUAUUAUGUAUAGGUACUGUAAUUUUUAGUACCAACUACCAAGAAGAACAAAAUAAGCAGAAUAUAGUGUUCUUGUCUUGUUUUCCGAAUUGCCACAAAUAAAUGGAUGUACAUUAGAGAAACUAAAUUUGUACACAAAUGUAAAUAAA